UCUCUCUCUCUUUUUUUGGAAAGAUUGAUGGAUCUUAAAGUCCAGGUAAUAAUACCGUACAUUCACAUCUUUGAUAAUGAUUCUGCAGCUAGAACUGCUCCUCCAUCUUUGCUUCAUUAUUGUUCUUAUCAGUAUUUCCCCGAGUCUUUCUUUAGACUUAGAAUUAGGAAAUGGAGAUGAUGGGUUUGAAAGAGAUGACUUCCCCGCCCCACCGGACUUUGUGUUUGGUGCGUCCGCCUCUGCUUAUCAGGUGGAAGGGGCUGCGGACCAAGACGGGAGAACCCCAAGCAUCUGGGACACCUAUGCGCAUGAGGGUAAAAUGGAUGGAGCCACUGGAGAUGUAGCGUGUGAUCAGUAUCAUAAAUACAAGGAAGAUGUGCAGCUCAUGGUGAAAACUGGUUUAGAGGCGUAUAGAUUUUCCAUCUCAUGGUCAAGACUUAUACCCAAUGGAAGAGGACCUGUGAAUCCAAAGGGUCUACAAUAUUACAACAAUCUCAUUGACCAACUAAUCAGCAAUGGAAUCCAGCCUCAUGUUACUUUACACCACGCUGAUCUCCCACAGGCACUCGAGGAUGAGUACGGAGGAUGGGUUAGCCCAAAUAUUGUAAAAGACUUCACUGCAUAUGCAAAUGUUUGCUUCGAGCAAUUUGGCGAUCGAGUUGCGCAUUGGACUACUAUGAAUGAGCCAAAUGUAUUUGUACUUGGGGGUUAUGAUAUCGGAUUCCUUCCACCACAGCAUUGUUCAGCUCCAUUUGGUGUUAAUUGCUCGAGGGGUAACUCCUCAACUGAGCCAUACUUGGCAAUUCAUAAUAUCUUGUUAUCUCAUGCAUCAGCUGCUGCACUCUAUAAGCAAACCUACCAGCACAAACAGCGUGGGUUUAUAGGCAUCAAUGUAUUUUCUUAUUGGUUCAUUCCUCGAACCGAAACACAGCAUGACCAAGUUGCUACUCAGAGAGCAAUGGACUUCUACUUCGGGUGGGUUGUGCAUCCUUUAGUGUAUGGAGACUACCCUCGAGUAAUGAAAAAGAACGCAGGCUCUAGAAUUCCUACGUUCACCAGUGCUGAGUCUGCACAGGUCCAGGGCUCCUUCGACUUCAUCGGACUGAAUUACUAUGUUACAUUGUAUGCGGAGGACUUUUCAGCUGCCCUAAAUAUUCAAGAACGAGACUAUACGGCUGAUUCUGCAAUCCAGAUUUAUCCUCUGGAUUUUAAUCAAUCAACAUUUGAGUAUCCGAUAACUCCUUGGGGUAUGGAAGAACUAUUGGAAUAUAUCAAACAAAACUACGGCAAUCCUCCCUUAUAUAUCCAUGAAAAUGGUCAAAGAACUCGACGCAAUUCAUCGUUAGAGGAUUGGUCCAGGAUCGAAUACAUGCAUGGACACAUUCACAGUUUGCUUAAUGUUAUAAGGAAUGGAUCAAAUGCCAGAGGCUAUUUUAUGUGGUCUCUCUUGGAUUCAAUAGAGCUUCUGGAUGGCCUUAAAUCAAGCUACGGCCUUUACUACAUCGAUUUGGAUGAUCCAGAAUUAAAAAGACAGCCUAAACUCUCUGCUCAUUGGUACUCAAAGUUUCUAAAGAAGAAAAACUUCACUCCACACUCCGCUUCUGAUGCUGAUCAUCAACGUUACUUCUCUCGGUAGAUAAUUUUGUUGUUAAUCAGAUACGUAUAUUAAUGUUUGAACGUUCAAAGUUAAACUUAUCAACUAUAUAAGUAGUGAGUGUUAGUGGUAAUGUUCCAUAUAUAAUGGAAUGAAACGAUACUUAACUGUCGUAAAUUUGAAUACGAAGCUUCUCUCGGAAAAGGAAGAAGCGAUACGGACCAGUUUCCGCAGCAAGAAGCAACAGUGGAAGAAAAAGGAAAUGCGUUGAGCACUGGUGUUUUAUAUUUGUUCCAGAGUUGGCGUGCGCUUCCCUCAUGAAAGGGACCAAUUUGGCAAAGCGUGACUUAAAAUCAGCACCAAAUAAGAUACUUCCCAGUUCAUUGACCAUCUUCCCCCAUUUUCUAUUCUGCUAUGUGUCUUACAAGCACAACACGAAGUAGACCAUUUCCGGAUUAAAACAAAUGCCAUCAUCAAUUGUCCGAUCUUUAAGUUCAGACAACGGACCAAGCGUUUCAUCAUCAUCAAGCAGCUGUAAGGGGAGUAGCUAGAAUAUGCACCAACGCCAAAAACACGUGUGCGUUUUGAUGGUUGAAUUGAAUUGGAUUGAACCAAGAAAAGAAAAGAAAUAACACUUAUUGGAAUCGACAAAACGCAAAACGCGCAACUUUUUGUGGUGAGGUGUGAGCGGGAGCCGGGAGAUGCAAAUAGUUAUUGUUGCCGAUGUGCUUAAGUGGACUAUCAGCAGCAUUAUUAUAACAACCCAAUGUUCAUUGCGCAUUUGGAUUAUGCUAGAGAAUGGCAAUGAUCAUCUCCAACUCCUUCGCCGCAACCUCAACUUAUAUGGCGUCCAGUUCUCAUAGCUAGCUUGUUCAAGUUUUGAUUAA